AUCCAUAUGAAUCUAGUGAAGGCCAAAAAUCUUAAAAGAUGAAACGGAGGUAAUAUCAUUUAAUAUGGCAUAUUUCUCCUCAAAAAAAAUGAACGCCCAUACAAUCAGCAGUCAGGAUAAAGGAGUGCUUUGUUACUUCCUACCGCAGGAAAUAACUAUGAGAUAAAAUCUACUAGUGAUGAACAUAAAUUGAACUUGAAACUGAAGGAAGCAGAGUCCAUCAGUUACCACAGAGUAAUGAGAGACUUCUUUACAUGUGGACCUUAGGAGUUGAGCAUCACCACUUAACAAUUAUGACACUUACAAAGUAAGUCAGUGCAUAUGAACACAUAAAUGCUGUAACAAAAUGAGCCAUGCAUGACGCAUCAGAAAUCACCUUCCUCCUUAGAAGCCAAAGGCUACAUCUUUGUAGUCCCAAGUAUAUCGUCUCUACUUCAUGAUACAAUCUCUGAAGAACAAAAUGCUCACUUUAAAGGCAUAACAUAUAUUUUUUUCUCAAAAAUAGCAUGCAUACAUUUGGAACAAUGGUUUGAAGAUUUAUUUCUGGCAGUUGAAAAUUCACUUGUUUCAGAUAUACUAAUUUCUAGGCCAUGCUAACGAAAAAGGGGGAGAUCUUUCAGAUGUCAUAUGCAAUUAUAUAUUGUAGGCAUAACAAUUGCUAAGAACUUAACACAUAAAAAUGAUUGUUCUUGCACUGAUAUUUUUAUGAUUGUGAAAAUGCAACAAAACUGCAAUUGUGCAAACCAAAGGAUUGAGUUCUAUAGGAAGUAGCAGUUGAGAUUGCUUUUCACUUAUGUUCAAACAAUUACAACUAAAAAAAUGUGGGAAUUAGACAUAGGUGUGAAUUAAAACUUUUAGCAUGUUAAGUGACCAAUCAACAGGAGAGUUAUGGUUUCAAUAGUCUACCUACCAUCUCAGCAAGCCACAAGAAAGAGAUGCCUUAUUAUUAUUUUUUAAUAUCUACCUCUCUUAUGUAUUUUGUCCUAUGAUAUAGGGGCUACAAGUCCAAUAAUUUGUUCUCAUUGCUCAUUGGUCUCUAUUCUACAGUCCUAUGAUUGAGUUUUGUAAAAGAUAGGCUGGACUAAAUGAAAUUGAGUGCUACAUGUACAAAGAUGUUGCCACGUGUCUUAACAUUACCUCCAAUCCUGUUAAUUUAGAGAUGUCUUGUGGGUGACAAAACCACUCAUCACAUCCAGACUUGCCACAAACUUAGACAAAGUUUCCAGUCCAUUACCUGGACUGAAGGACCUUGUCAUGGAAAAUGGAACAUUUGUCAGAACUCUCACAUAGGUUGGUCCUACUGACAUUCAUAAUAUACAAACCUGAGCUGCACAAUGAAGUGGUUGAGGUCUUGAAGUUCCUUUUUGUCAUAAAGAUUAGUCAUUGGGAUCCUUCAAAUCUGGUCUGAAUGCACCAACUAGCCUAUUACACUAGCCUUUUCCAUCAUACAGGGCACCAUGCCGCACAACAAGGCGACCUGCACAUGGUCUGCGGUUUUCUAUAUGCUUAUUCUCCUUAUUAAAUUAGAGAAGACUGUCCUUUGCCUCACCCACUCAUUGCAGAGAAUCCAAACUCAUAAUCCAUCACUUAGUUAAUUGUUGUUGGACUAUAGAGAUUCUGCUUGCCUAUGCCAUUCUCUAUGCUGCUAUAUAGAUGUGGCUUCAGGAAGAGCCAUACUGAUUCAGAACUAAUCAUCAGUUGGGAAGGAGAGAUAUUAGCUACACAUUGAGAUUCAGAGCAAAAUCUGCAAUCACAUUGCUUGAUUGGAAAAGGCGAUAUUUGGCUAGCAAUGGCAGCCCGCCAUGGUGGUAGCAGGAAAUCAAAGGCAGAGCAGUGGCUAUUUGGUGGAAGAUGGAGGGGAAAUGUGAAGGAGACAAGGCAUCCUGUUGCCUCUGAAGCCAGGCCUCCUGCAAUUCCCACAGCAACUAAGAAGGAUGAGGACAUCUGCCUUGAGAAGUCCAGAGUUCAUCUGCCUGGCCUGGGACAGAGGGAGAUCGUUGAUAUCGCGCCCGGGAGGAAGUCGAUGCCAGAGGUGGAGAUCAACAUGAAGGAAGUUGUCUCUGUGCUUGGGGUGAAGGUGAUGGCUGCAGACAUGCCGCCAUUUAUGCAGCUGCAUGCUUUCCGGUGUGCCAAGAGGUCCCAUGAUAGCUUGGACAAGUUCAGCUCAAGGCAGCUGGCCCACGAUGUGAAGAAGGAGUUCGAUAAAGUUUACGGACCUACAUGGCAUUGCAUCGUCGGUACGAGCUACGGUUCUUUCGUGACGCAUUCGAGAGGCUGCUUCCUCUACUUCUCCAUGGACAAAAUCAUCGUGAUGCUGUUCAAGACCAAGGUCAGGAAAGUGUUGGCAUCAUCUUGAGCUCUGCAAUAACCACCAUGUCAUGUCUUUGGCUCAUACAUUUUCAUCCUGAGAAAAGGGUAAUUAGCCUAGCUUUGUGAGAUUGAAGAAAACAAGGGGAUAAAAAAGAAAAACAACCCCCAAUAAUUGUUGUCUGUGAGCUGCAAGUUGCAGCUGGCAAAGUACUGUGUUAGUUCCAUACCUCCAUUGUUCCACUGUGGUGGAUGGUGGUGAUGAGUAUAAUAGCACAGCAGGGAAGCAGGGUGAACAAACUGAACAUGGCGUGGGCGCUGCUGUACAUUGUUAACUACUACCACUUGAUGAAAGUGAGGAUGAACUGUUGUUUGGGUGUAGUGUUGUAGUGCUGUUUUUCUGAGGGGCAGGCUCUGACAAGGCUACUACAAACAAUCGCUGUCAGGAUCACGUUGUGAGAUUCCUGAUUAGUAGAGAUAAUCACGGCUAAUACGGUGUUUGAUCAGAUACACCUCUUAGCUGGUUUGACAUUUGUGUCUUAGCUCUGGUAGCGGUGGAGUUAAACAAUACCUGGAUCUCGUUA